AUGUUAUCCCGUACACGCUCUCCGAAAUCAUCUUCAACAUUCCAGUUUCCCUCCUCCUCUUCGACUUCAACAAUCCUCCCAACCCGCGUCACAUCGCCUACGCGGAAGCAGCAACAAGACAAGUGGCACCCCCGAGUCUACCACCAACAAUACACCCACUCCCGAAAGAUUUCCGACGUCCUCGGUAGGAUGCGAUAUGGCCGCAACAGAUCCGGAAGUGUCACGGCAGGAGAGGUCGUAGAUGCUUUGAAGGCCCCGCUGAGUCCGUACCUUAUUACUUUGUGUCUGAUAUGGUACCUCUCAUCAGCACUUUCAAACACUUCCUCAAAAACAAUCCUUAACUCGUUCCCCCAGCCAGUAACACUCACAAUUGUACAAUUCGGCUUUGUAUCAUCAUGGUGCAUCACCUUGUCGCUCCUAGCAAAGUUUACACCAUUGCGGACAAUCCCCGGCCUAUCCGGAGGUUUAAGAUUCCCGACCAGGGCAAUUAUCGGAACCACUGCGCCGCUGGCUUUAUUCCAAGUUGGAGGCCAUAUUGCCAGUAGUAUAGCUACAGAGAAAAUUCCUGUCAGCCUAGUUCAUACGAUUAAGGGCAUGUCCCCCCUCUUCACGGUCAUCGCCUACCGCUUCCUCUUCUCUGUUCACUACUCCACCGCGACUUACCUAUCCCUCCUACCCCUCACUAUCGGCGUUAUGCUCGCCUGCUCAGUCGAAUUCCAUGGCAACCUAUGGGGAAUUCUCUGCGCUUUCAUCGGCGCAUUGAUUUUUGUUUCACAGAACAUCUUUUCUAAAAAGCUGUUCAAUGAGUCGUCGUCCGCUGCCGCCGAUCCAUCAAUCCCACUCUCGCGUCGUAAGCUGGACAAACUCAACCUUCUCUGCUACUCUUCAGGAAUGGCAUUCUUGUUGACGUCCCCCAUCUGGUUCUACUCAGAGGGCUUCGAGCUACUAAGCACAUACGCACGUGAGGGGCGGGUACCACUGGUUGUGCAGAUAGGGAAGCAUGGCGAGGAGCCGCUGAGUGGGUUGGGGUUGAUUGGCGAGUUCAUAUUCAACGGAACAGUACAUUUUGGUCAGAAUAUCAUUGCAUUCGUGUUAUUGAGUCUGGUAUCUCCCGUCACGUACUCAGUAGCAAGUCUGGUGAAGAGAAUAUUUGUUAUCGUAAUGGCAAUCGUCUGGUUUGGGAACAAGACUACCCCAGUGCAAGCAGUCGGAAUUGGAUUGACCUUUUUGGGCCUAUAUCUUUAUGAUCGAGCCGGGGAUGUCUCGCGGAAAGAGCGCCACAUCAAACUUGAACAAACAAGGGGACUCGAUACACUGCUGCCCUCCACACAUGCCCAUUCCGCAAAUAGCAGCAGUAAAGACAAUAUACCCAUGGGACGGCCUCGGAGCGGCACAAAUGGGUAUGCAGUUUCUAAUGCUACAGAUAAAGACGGCGAGAUCAGUGGGAUGAAUGUGGGCGCAGCGGGCGCCAACGGGUGGCUACCGCAGGGGACAAGACAAGAGGAGACGUGGAGAAGGGAGGUUACGGCGCAGUAG